GGUUAAGUCUACUAUGGUCUAACCCAGCUUAGCAAUCCUGCAAAUCUAUAUAUUGAAUUGCCGCAUGGGUGAUCGAAAUAUUUCGGUUUCUGCUUGCGGCCCGGUAAAAACGCGAACGCACUCUUUGCUUUUUUCCUCUAUUGUAUAUCGCAGCCGCUGGUGAAGAUUUAUAGCGCGCGCCGGUACUUUGUUUACAUAGCGAAAGUAGUAGCAAGUUCAUUUGUUUAAACAUCCGAACGGUCAACGGUGGUGCAAUAUUUGUUUGAAUAAGUUUUUAUUGCUUCUUCGAUUUUUCUUUCAACCGUCCUGCGAUUGGAUUUGAUUUUUAUUAACAUUACCGACAAGAAAAAUUCCACUUCAGUAUAUUUUUUAAAAUUUUAAUCUCCAUUUUUUAAACAAAAUGAAAGAUUUUAAUUCGAUUUGGAGAGGCAUUGUUGGACGGACGUACGAUGCAGUUAAUACUGGAGAACAGAAAAAUUUCAAAAAUAGACAAGAAAUUAGUAGAAAAACACGAAGAAUCAAUAAUAGAAGACGUGCCUUAACUUAUGCAUUUCUGGGCAUUGGAGCACUGAUAUCUGGCCUGUUUAUUUUAAUUGUAAAUCCAUACAAUCUGCUAUAUGAGUGGAAACUUGUAUUCGGACCUGGAGGCGAAAUUUACUCAUUAUGGGAAAAACCCCCUGUAGAGCUUUUUCUAAAAGUAUACUUGUGGAAUGUGACGAACAGAGACGAAUAUAUGAGUGGCAAAGAUGCAAAACUAAAAUUCCAGGAAGUGGGACCAUAUGUCUACAGAGAAUUAAUGACACAUGAAAAUGUCACAUUUAAUGAGAAUGGGACGUUGACUACCAAUCCAUUCCAUCCUUUAGUUUGGGCACCCGAACUAUCCGAAGGAAGACAAGAAGACGAUUUACUUAUAUUGCCAAACAUAGCACUUCUGAGUAUAGCAGAUGUGGUUUCGAAAAAAGGCUUAUUCACGAGAUUGGGAUUGAACGUAAUCAUUAGACAAACCAAUUCUCAACCGCUGGUUCAAAUGACAGCUAAAGAAUUUAUGUUUGGAUACAAGAGCGCUCUAAUGAAUCUGGGAAAUACUUUUAUGCCAUCCUGGAUUUAUUUCGAUAAGCUUGGUCUUAUCGAUCGGAUGUACGAAUUCAGAGGCGACUACGAAACCGUCUUCACCGGCACGAAACACGGCCUGUCAAACAUCGGUCUCAUCGACACGUACAAUGGCGCAACAAAAAUUCCCCAAUGGGACAGUCCCUGCGGUGACAUAUCCGGUUCAUCUGACGGUACCAAAUUCCCAGGCAGCAUCAAACCGAACGACACGUUGCUGUUUUUCAGGAAAAGCAUGUGCCGAGCAAAAGAACUAGUUCGCAUCAAUGAAACCAGAGUGAAUGGUCUCAAAGCCUACGUCUACCAUUUCGCAAACGAUACGGACGACAACGGCCGCGAGUAUGCCAAGAACCGUUGUUUCUGUAAAGAAGAAAAUAUAAACCGCUGUUUACCAAAAGGUUUACUGGAUGUGAGAGGCUGUUAUUAUGGAUUUCCUAUUGCCCUCAGUUAUCCACAUUUCCUUGAUGGCGACAAAGCUUUAUUUGCUAAAGUAGAAAGUGGUUUAAACCCAAAUCCCGACCAUCAUAGAAGCUAUUUUAUAAUCCAACCGGACUCUGGAUUGCCUAUAAAUCUUGCUGUACGAUAUCAGAUUAAUAUGGCACUAGGAGAUAUUCAAAAUAUAGCCAAUACGGAAAAGUUCGCUAAUAUGGUCUUGCCACUACUAUGGACUGAAAUUGGAAUGUACAAACUGCCUCCAAAGCUCAACCUGCGUUUUAAAUUCUACCUGGAGAUCAUUCCAACAGCUCAAACUUGCAUCAUGUACGCCUCCUUCGUAUUAGGUGCCGUUUUCCUAAUAUACUCUGUACAUAAAUUCACCAAAUCGAAAACUGUCCAACGAAACAACGAAAUGCCAUGGAUCGAAGAUGAACUGGUCAUGAAUAUAGACAGGAAACUUUCCAGUUAUAUUCCAGAAAAAAGGUCAAGUUUAACGUCAAAAGAGCUGGAAGUAUAUUUCAAUAGUUUAGUAACUCCGUUAAAUCAAAUUAUAAAUGCGGAAGGACACGAAUGAAAAUACGUUGAACAAAACUAGCAAGAAAUCAAUAGGACAUAGAAAAUUUUUACUAGUUCAAAAACCACUCAGACAUGUUCCUUUUUGCAGAUUCAGUGAUGAUUCAAAUCUGAAGUUUGAAGUUGGUUAUUUAUGUGAUUUUUUUAACUUAUUUAUGAUAAUGUUAAGUUAGGGUGUUGUACUAGAGAGGGAUUCUUAACUAAGAAUUGUGGUGCGUAAAGAGAAUAAAACAUGAUUAUGACAUCAUCUUUAUUGUUCUAGCCGCACCACUGCCAGUAAAUAAAAAAUGAAGCUGCAGAUGUUCAAACUUGUUGGAAAUUUCCUUCAAAUUGCUCAAUAUCUUUUAUUAUCAAAGCAUUUUAGAUAUGCCAUAUUAGUUGCUAGAACUAUCCAUAAAUAAUAAUUUUACUGAAAAAAAUUAUACUAAUUUAGAUAUGAAGUACAAGUCAAAAUUCUUGCCUGUGUUUUAAAAUACCGUACGAUCGAAAAAAACGACGUCUAGCUGGCUUGGAAGUGACGAUCGAUAACAUUACCCAUAUAUAAUUUUACACAUAAAAUGACAACGAUAUUCAUUUCAUAGCCAUCGCUGUCGCCAUUUUUUUUUCGAUCAUAUUGUACAAACAUAGAUAAUUAUCAUAUUGAUAAUUAAACGUACAAAUACGAACUACAGAGCUCAGUUCACUAAUACCGGGUGCGUCUCAAAAGUGGUUCACCCCUAUAACUUUUUUUUCAGAUAAAAAAUGUGAUUUUCUAUAUGUUUAAGUAUAUGACAUAUAAUAU